AUGAAUGAAACGUCAGACUCCGCUAUGAUGGGCGAAACGAAGAUGGAAAAUGAAGGAAACUCCCUCAGUACAUCACAUGUGAAAACUUCUCUCUUCUCUGCAAUUCGCGAAAAAUUACGACACGCGAAGUUCAAACAUUCGAAAACUGAAACGACAAACAUCCCAGAGAUCGGAAUAUUCCGCUUCACAGAUCUACCAAUCGAGAUCCAAUUCAAGAUUCUCCAUCUGACCUACGAACCUCAAAAGAUCGUUAUCUGGAGAAUUCACAACAGUUUCGCUGGCAACAUCCCUCGGAACCUAACACCUGCGCCAGUGGCACUGCAAAUAAAUCACGCCCUUCGAAUGGAAGCUAUGAAGUACUACGAGCUGUUGAAGUACGAAGGACCACCUGGCAAGAGUUUUGAAAAAUGGCCACGGAUCUAUAUAAAUAUGGACAUGGACAGGCUCACGUUGGGUCUGCGAAGUGCUCGGCUGAAUACCCUGAGUAACCACCUUGUGGGAUUGACACACCGAGUUGCUCGGGAAGCGGGAACAAGUCCGUCAACAGGGGAGCCUAUACCUUUAACCUUUCCCAAGUAUCUCCCUCUGCUAUCAUUCGUCAACUUUAUUUCGGCAGACCAGCGGAGACGUCUCAUCGUACUAUUCCAGGACCUCACGGCGGAUCUCCUUGUCGAAAUCAUGUGUUCUCCUUUCGAGCAUGAACUGAACAAACUUCUAGCCAAAACGAGAGGCCUUAUGUGGAUUAUGAGCGAAAAAAGUAAGAGCCAUAACGAGGAUUUUGUGAACAUGCUGGUUGGCUUGAAAGAAGAGCAAAAACAGAAGGAUAACCCUCCGGAUCACCACGUCAUAGUAACAGCUGGACGGCUCAACCUGGGAAUAGGUUUCGUUUCUCGACUGCCAUAUAUAAUGAAGGAAUAG